CUGUGCUUGAAUAUAGAGUAUCCGUUGUGUAUCGAUUGAGUUAAGAGUGACGUAAUUGGCAAGAAAUAUUGAAAAUAAUCCUUUUACAAUGUGGUACGAGUGUCUUCCACCGUUAAUGAUAAUAUUAACAUGUACGACAAUACCAAAUUUCGUAUCCCCGUAUAUAACCAAAUUUUUUACUGGAACGCCAAAUCUAAGAAGCUACACUAAUUUUCUUGAACAGGAACUGUUAAUGAGAGAUAUAAAACUAAGUAAUAAUUGGUAUAUAUAUAAUGGUUUGGAGGUGAUUCCUGAUAAAUAA